AAGCUGUGUUAUAACUCUGGAGCAAAACCUGUGCCUUACACAUCACUUCAGGGAUGGCCUCUCUGUCUGUAUGGAAACUUCCCUACUUCAGUAGGAGGCUGUGCGAACCUGAGGCUCGGUGAGAAUCAGUUUGUCAGAUUAGUUUUACUGUGCCUCUUGUAGGUCUACCAAAAAGUUCCUCAGUGGGAAAUUGUAUCUGAUUUUAGCUUUGAUUUCCUAACAAAGCAAAACGUAUGUGACUGUAUUGUCAUUUUACCUUUUUGUUUUUGUUGUUGACUACUUUGAAAGGGAGAGGUCUAAAACAUAAGAUGAAGUUCCUAAUUCAUGCAAAUAGCAUCCAGUUAGAUAUUCUCCGCUAAGAGAGAAGCUAAACUCUAGGUUAACUGCGUUGUUAGACAUCUCUGACUGGGUGGGAUGAUAAUAGAGGUGGUGAGAGGUACCUCUUGAUAAGAAUGAACACUGCCGGAAAACAAGCAUUACAGUUCUAACAAACUGCUUGGUUUGAAUGGUAGCACCAAAUACUCAAUGCCCUUUCAUCUUGGAAACAGUUGAAGGUUUGAAAAUACUGUGAAACUCAGAGUUUUUAAGUGUGUUAAAUUGGGAAUAUGAAAUGUGCAUUACCAAAUUGCUAUGGAUAUUCCAUAGUUUCCUCAUACUCAUUUGUCUUUUAAAAACAGUUGCAGUUUGCAAUGCUUAUGACUUGCCUUUAUAACAGUAAUGUUCUGUCAAUUCGAUAUAGACAAACCUUGAAAGAAAAUCUAGACCACUGCUUAGGUUUACAGGGCUGAAAAAUACCUUUAAUUGAAAUUAUUUCUGUGCAAUAUUAUGGGAUGCUUCAUCUCUCUUUUAUGAAUACCUUCCAUUCCACUCUAAAUGUUUGCUGUUUAAUGUAGUAUCUUUCAUACUAGAAUCAACAAGUUCUUUUUCUGUUUACCAGAGUUGUUUGCUGUUUUUCCUCACUGGAAUAUCCGGAGUAUCUCCCAAGAAUUUAUAAAUAAAAGCAUCAAGCUAGAUGGCAAAAUAGUUUGAUUUGUUUGGGGUUUUCUGGGGGUAUGAUUGUGUGACUGUGUAAAGAAAGUGACUGAAGGAAAGGCAGGCUUGAAAAAGCAGAGGUGUUUAACUUAUUCACAGCAGUGUUUUAAAGCCUAGAUCUUUCAGUUCAGGUCCUCUUCAGAACUCUUAACAUUGUGUGGGUUUGAUCCUUUUUUAAUAGCAAACAAAGCUUUUAGUCUUUUUUUAAUUACUGCCACUGCUUAAAGACAUAUGCAAAUGAUUAUUCUUUUGUGGAUGGGAUUUAAAACUGUGUAUGUUAAAUACACUGAGGGAUGUUCUCAGCUUGUUAAGAGUUCCUGUUAGAGCACCUUGAGAUUGUCCCUGUUCAAAUUGACUUGAGAAAAUAAAACAGCUUCUUUUUCUUUUCUCUUAACUUCACGUUUUGUAGGAGAAAGCCUUUUUCAGAAUUAUGAAAUGACACAUGUACCCCAGUAUGAAAUCAUGCUUAUUUCAUUAUGAGUAUGUGCUUUUUAAGCUUGUAACGUUUUGUAUAAACAAUAAUUAGUGUAGUACAUGAUAUGGCAUUCAAUGUGGAAUGAAUAUAGUGUUUACAUUUUUAUAACUAUGCAUCAAAUAUGCAUCACCUUAGUUUUUGCUAUGCAGUAAAGAUUUAUUUUUUUUUUCCCCCUCUGCUGCUUUUGGUUUCAGUUUAUUUAGUGAAUGUCCAGAGAGAACUAAUCUUUUUUUAAAAUGCGGGAAAUGUCUUUCUCCCUCACCACAGCAGUGUAUUCAUACACUGAAAGAUAAAAGCCACUAAUUCUUAAAAAUAGAACAUGCAAUUGAGGGACAAGGGGAGAGAAUUCCUAAAAUAUGUAGGCAUAUAUCUCAUUUUCAGCAUCAGUCUUUGGUACUGUGGGCCAGGUCUUUGCUUCACUUUAGUUAAUGAAUUGAUAUUGAUUUUUAAACAAAGGAGAUGUUUUACACUUUUUGUGAAGUAUCCAGUAUAUUUAAGGUAGCUAUGAGUUUUACAGAGAAGCAGUGUUGAAAGGUUUUCUGUCAUUAAUCAAAUUCUGAUUUGUACAUGGAAGAGGGGUAAUACAUUUGCUGUCAGGGUCUGUAACAAAUAAUUUAUAAUAUGAUGUUUACUAAAAAAAAAAAAAAUCAUUUUCUCCCCUACUCCCAGGAGAGUGCUGUAAGCUUUGCUAAAUGUUUGGUUCCCAGAGACAACAGCAAUGAGCAAACCACGUGUUUGAAGUGACUUUUUGUCACCUUAGUAUUUUUGAUCUUAACAUUUACUGCAUUAACUUCUCGUAUUUACAGACAGUGCCUGAUAGCCUCAUAAGGCUGUAUUGCCCGUGAAUAAAAGUUUGGAAAAAAACAGGUUCAUAUGAACAAUAAUGUAUGUAACGUAUCUGGUUGGUUGGCAGAAAGUCAGCAAAUACAGUGUAAAGGUAACGUUUUGUAAUGAAGCAACGCUUCAGAAGCUAUACCAGCUGGUAAGAUGUUUCUUCAGGAAAAUAACCUCUUAGGAGAAAUAUUAAAAAAAAAAAAAAAAAAAAAAAAAAAUGGAAAAAAGAAGAAAAAAAAAAAAAGAUAAAAUCAAAUAGUGUUGAGAGCCAGGAUUCGUGGCUGGCAAUACAAUACGUGACCAAAUAGCACUUCUAAUUGCUAUUUUUGAAUAAUUCCACCUUCUUGUGGCUGGGAGUUGACAGAACUUAUUAACAAAAUAACUAACUUGUUGCAAAAUUAUAUUAUAAAUUAAGUAUUACCAUGGUGUUCUGUCUCACAAAUACUCAUGAAUUAAUCUGAAAGGAAGCAUUAACUAAUUCUUACUUUUAAUAGGUAGAGCCUGCUUCCCUGUAUUAUGAAAACUGCUGAAUGGAGGAAGAGGGUGGAAGUCAGUCUUUUACUCUUUCCAUUACCAUCCUGCAUGGUUUUUUACCCGUGUUUUACAGAGUGUUGAAGAAUUAGGAGAAGCUGCAGUUGUUCAGCUGAGUGAACUAAAUGGGUGGCUUCCCUCUGGACCCUGACUCUCACUUCACUGUCUUAGGUACAAGAACUGUAGAAGUCCAUUUUAGAAUUUGAAAGAACAAGUUUCUGCAGCUCUGGAAAGAUAUGCCAUGGAAGUAAUCAGCUGGGGUGGUCCCAGGGCGCUCUGGGCACGAGUAUUGCUGAGUGAUCAUUGGCUGCCACCUGCGUGACAAAGUAAAGGACCAACCCUUCAAUUUAUACCGUGGAGCCAGAUCACGGGAAACAAGUGACAGAGUUGUUGAGCUUAUGCUUAGCCCAGCGUGAUACAGGACUGGUGUGACAACUCGUUUUUAAUCAGUGACUCAAUUGUGAUCACCCUGAUGUCACCGAAUGGCCACAGCUUGUAAAAGAUCACCAGGAGAACCUCACUCUGAAAACAUUGAAACUAGCCGAAUGAAGCGAGCAGCUGCAAAGCAUCUAAUAGAGCGCUACUACCAUCAGUUAACUGAGGGCUGUGGAAAUGAAGCCUGCACGAAUGAAUUUUGUGCUUCCUGUCCAACUUUUCUCCGUAUGGAUAACAAUGCAGCAGCCAUUAAGGCCCUCGAGCUUUAUAAGAUUAAUGCAAAACUCUGUGAUCCUCAUCCCUCCAAGAAAGGAACGAGCUCAGCUUACUUAGAAAACAAUUCCAAAGGUGCCCAUAACAAUUCCUGCACUGACAGAAAAAUGAACAAGAAGGAAAUGCAAGGCCCAAGAGAUGACUUUAAAGAUGUGACUUUUCUAACAGAAGACAAGAUAUAUGAAAUUCUUGAACUGUGUCGAGAGAAAGAGGAUUAUUCCCCUUUAAUCCGGGUGAUUGGGAGAGUAUUUUCUAGUGCUGAAGCAUUGGUACAGAGUUUCCGAAAAGCCAAGCAGCACACCAAGGAGGAGCUCAAGUCUCUUCAAGGAAAGGAUGAAGACAAAGAUGAAGAUGAAAAGGAAAAAGCUGCCUGUUCGGCUGCUGCUAUGGAAGAAGAUUCAGGUGCAUCAUCAUCUUCGUCGUCAAGAAUAGGUGAUAACACACAGGGAGAUAAUAACCUCCAAAAACUAGGCCCGGAUGAAGUGUCUGUAGAUAUUGAAGCAGUCAGACGGGUCUAUGAUAGAUUACUUUCUAAUGAAAAAAUAGAAACUGCCUUUUUAAAUGCACUUGUGUACUUGUCACCUAAUGUGGAAUGUGACUUGACUUACCAUAAUGUGUACUCUCGGGAUCCUAACUAUCUGAAUUUGUUUAUUAUCGUUAUGGAGAAUGGCAAUCUUCAUAGCCCAGAGUAUCUGGAAAUGGCUCUACCAUUGUUUUGCAAAGCAAUGAGCAAACUGCCCCUUGCAGCUCAAGCAAAACUGGUCAGAUUGUGGUCUAAGUACAGAGCAGACCAAAUUCGGAGAAUGAUGGAAACAUUUCAGCAGCUUAUUACUUACAAAGUCAUAAGCAAUGAGUUCAAUAGUCGUAACCUAGUGAAUGAUGAUGAUGCUGUUGUUGCUGCUUCAAAGUGCUUGAAAAUGGUUUACUAUGCAAAUGUAGUAGGAGGUGAUGUGGAUACAGAUCAUAAUGAAGAGGAAGAUGAAGAACCCAUUCCAGAAUCAAGUGAACUAACUCUUCAAGAGCUGUUGGGUGAGGAAAGAAGAAAUAAAAAAGGUCCUCGAGUGGACCCGCUGGAAACUGAACUUGGUGUUAAAACUAUAGAUUGCAGAAAACCACUUAUCCCUUUUGAAGAAUUUAUUAAUGAACCACUGAAUGAUGUUCUAGAAAUGGACAAAGACUACACUUUCUUCAAAGUAGAAACAGAAAAUAAAUUCUCUUUUAUGACCUGCCCCUUCAUAUUGAAUGCCGUUACCAAGAACCUGGGAUUGUAUUAUGACAAUAGAAUCCGGAUGUACAGUGAAAGACGCAUAACUGUGCUCUACAGCUUAGUUCAAGGACAGCAGCUCAACCCGUAUUUGCGACUUAAAGUGAGACGUGAUCACAUCAUAGAUGAUGCGCUCGUCCGGCUAGAGAUGAUUGCCAUGGAAAAUCCUGCAGACUUGAAGAAGCAAUUGUAUGUUGAAUUUGAAGGAGAGCAAGGGGUAGAUGAAGGAGGUGUUUCCAAAGAAUUUUUUCAACUGGUUGUGGAAGAAAUCUUCAAUCCAGAUAUUGGGAUGUUCACAUAUGAUGAAUCUACAAAACUGUUUUGGUUUAAUCCGUCCUCUUUUGAAACUGAGGGUCAGUUUACACUGAUUGGCAUAGUACUGGGGCUGGCUAUUUACAAUAACUGUAUACUGGACGUACAUUUUCCCAUGGUUGUCUACAGGAAGCUAAUGGGCAAAAAAGGAACUUUCCGUGAUCUGGCAGACUCUCAUCCUGUUCUUUACCAGAGUUUGAGAGACUUGCUGGAGUAUGAAGGAAGUGUGGAAGACGAUAUGAUGAUAACGUUUCAAAUAUCUCAUACGGAUCUCUUUGGCAAUCCAAUGAUGCAUGAUUUAAAGGAAAACGGUGAUAAAAUUCCUAUUACGAAUGAAAAUAGAAAGGAAUUUGUCAAUCUGUAUGCUGACUAUAUACUCAAUAAAUCAGUAGAAAAGCAGUUCAAGGCCUUUCGGAGAGGAUUCCACAUGGUGACCAAUGAAUCUCCUUUGAAAUAUUUAUUUAGACCAGAGGAAAUUGAAUUACUUAUAUGUGGAAGUAGGAAUUUAGAUUUUCAAGCACUAGAAGAAACUACAGAAUAUGAUGGUGGCUAUACAAGAGACUCUCUUAUUAUUAGGGAAUUCUGGGAAAUUGUCCAUUCAUUUACAGACGAACAGAAAAGGCUAUUCUUACAGUUUACAACGGGCACAGACAGAGCCCCAGUGGGAGGACUUGGAAAGUUAAAGAUGAUCAUAGCCAAAAAUGGCCCAGAUACAGAGAGGUUACCUACAUCUCACACAUGCUUUAAUGUACUUUUGCUUCCGGAGUACUCGAGCAAAGAAAAGCUUAAGGAGCGAUUAUUGAAGGCCAUCACAUAUGCCAAAGGAUUUGGCAUGCUGUAAUGAAUAUAACAAAAGGGAUUAAAAAAUGAUGGUGAUGAUGUCCCUGUCUAAAAAGGCCAUAAGAUAGCGAGCUACAGUAGUCACCUGUGUUUGUGCCUCCCUUCUUUACUGGGGACAUUGGGCUGGAACAGCAGAUUUCAGCUGCUUAUAUGAACAAAAUCUUUAUUUUUUCUUUUAGCGUGAAAGUGUUACAUAUUCUUUCACUUGUAUGUACAGAGAGGUUUUCCUGAAUAUUUAUUUUAAGGGUUAAAUCACUUUUGCUUGUGUUUAUUACUGCUUGAAGUUGAGCCUUUUUGAGUAUUUACAAGAAAACAAACUGUACUCUCCCAAGGAAAAUAUUGCCAUCAUUUGUAGACCAUGUAACCUUCAAGUAUGUGCUAUAUUUUUGUCCCUGUAUCUAAUCAAAUCAAGAACUGUACUUUUUGAAGAGUUUGCUUUUGAAACUUGAAGUCUUGGAAAACAGUGUGAUGCAAUUACUGCUGUUCUAGCCCCCAAAGAGUUUCUGUGCAAAAUCUUAAGAAUCAAUAAAGACAGAAGGGAGAACUUGGAAUGUUAAA